GAAAACCCCACCCCCAUGACUCACACACGGGUAACAGAACAGCACAGACUUUUGCGUACUGUUGGACACUUAACGGCGUUUAACGGUUGAUAUAUCUUGAUAAUAGGUAUUUUCUACAAAUAUAAAAAUGUCUCACACUAUUGUAACUACCACUACUACAACAACAUCGACUUCUGAUGGAGGUUUUUUUAACAUGGGCUACACCCGUUCCACACACGGUUUACUGAAGAUCGCUCAAAUGGUGGCACUCCUGAUAGCGUUUCUGUGCGUGCAUCUAGCCCGGGGAUGGACAGAUUGGUCAGCCUUCCGCUACUUUGAGGUGGUGACCCUGUGGUUCCUCAUCGCCUUCCUCAUCUUUUACCUCACGUACCUGCUCCGCUUGCAGAGCAAGAUCCCCUGUAUCAACUGGACUCUGACAGAGUUCUUCCACUACGCCGUGGGGACCAUCCUGGUUGGCAUAGCCUCCAUCGUAGCAGCUGUAAAGAGUAGCGGAGUGUCUGAACUGGUGGCCGGGUCCGUGUUUGGCUUCAUAGCCACGUUCCUGCUAGCUGUCAGUCUUUGGACUACAUACAAGGUGUCCUGUGGCUCCCAGCCAACCAGUGCAUCUGUUUAAAAUGGAUCAAGUGUGCCAUGCUCGGAAGUUCCAAGGCGGCUCAAUUUUUAUGAUUAUUAUCAGUGUGCUGUGUGAUGGUCACUUUCAGUGCCUAAGAACUCCCCAUGUCUGUUUGCCUUUUAAAUCCAAAUCAGUAUUGGAAAAAGAUAUACUUUUAUGUUUUCUUUCCCCUUACAGAAUCAACACAUCAGCUCUGGGAUGAGUGCUCUCAAACUCACUUUUAUUAAAGAUACAUUUGCAUACAUUGCAUGCAUAUUGAAAUUGAUUUUUGAGUGGAACAACUGCUGAGAUUGUAAUACCUCCUGGGUCUGUUUCAGCAGCUGGUAUUGGCUCGUAGUUGUAUAACCAGCUGGCUUGUAGUUGUUCUGUACUGGUGAAACUGCUAGUUGGGCAUGUUAGGAGUGGAAAGUGUCUAAAAUGUUUGCUGUGAGUACGUAUUUAUUUAUUUUUCAUUUUUCAGUAUUUGAAUUUAAAGUGCACUAUGAAGCUUUGUUACCAAAAAACGCUGGUAGAUUAAUCAUCAAAACUAUGAUGCUCUGAUAUCAGUACCUCUCUAUAUGUGCCUAUGUGUUUCCAGGUGGUGCAUUAAUAGUAAUCUGACAAGCAGGUUGCAGUUCCUAUUCAGAUCCAGAUGACUGUAUACCGUAUUCUGAGUGCCUCAGCUACCAGAGACAGUGUUGUUUUAGCUUCGACAUGCUUGCUCACAAUGCCAUGCAUAAUUAAACUCAGAUUUGAAAUGGAUAGUUAGAAUUUUUUUUAAGUUUAAUAAUAAAAAAAACAUGCUUUUUUGGCUGAAGUAAAAA